AUGAGACGAAGGGCCGGCCCAGCCUCCAGAGGGAUGGUAACAAAGGGACGAGACACGCCACUGGUAAAUGGAACGCCCGGAAGGACGGAAAUAUCGACUGUUUCAUAUUUAAAUAAACGAUUAUCUGGCCCUUUUGUUGGAAGGCAUAAACCCGGGGAAGGGCUGAAGGGCCCGCGGGUGAAUACGAGGUACAUGUCCUCGCUGGAUGUCACUCCCUCCAUGAGGAUUAUGCAAAUCAGGCUUUUAGCAGGCACCACCGAGGAUAUCGUUUGUUAG